GAGCUCCGUCCUUGUCCGUGGAUCGACAUCUUGAUGGUGUGGACGGGUCCUCUUGUGAAAGCGAUUGAAGGAUUCCUCGAGUUCCACAAGCCUUGAAGGCAUCCAAGGAAAUGCCUCCACUGAUCUGCUUGCUGCGACACCAUGACCCCUGGGACCCAACCUUUUCAUUCAACAAUGCUGCCUGGACUGUGUACAAGUGCAAACCUUUUCCACUCUUCAGCCUUAUAAUACAUCUUUGUUGUCAAGCUCCUGUUGAAAUUUAACCCUUAGUUUCACCUAACGGCUCUCUAGCCCCUUCAGACUUCGUACUAUAGCUCUCGGGCCUCGUUCCUAGUGCCACUUUCAAUAUAUUCUUUACUCUUUCGAGAAGACUGCUUUACAGCCACCCACUUCCAGGAUGGGGUUUGGCGGCGUUGUUCUCCGCUUCUUCAACCUGGCUAUUCGUGUCCUUCAAUUUCUUGACGGCGCGGUAAUUCUAGGAAUUUUCUCCUACUUUUUAGCUGUCCUCAGCCGCCAUGACCAGAGCAUCCCUCAGUGGAUGAAAGCUACUGAGGGUCUGUCGGGUGCGGCGACCCUUUACGGACUAUUAGGCAUCCUCUUCAGCUGCUGUUUGGGAGGAGUCGCAUUUUUCGCCGCUGUGGCCGUUGUUCUCGAUAUCUGCUUUGUGGGAGCCAUGAUCGCUAUUGCGAUCAUGACUCGCAAUGGCACACAGCAAUGCAGCGGCCGAGUCGAUACUCCUUUAGGAUCAGGGGAAAGCAACGCAGAAUCGCCAUCUAAAGUGAAAUACGAGUUUGCCUGUCAACUCCAAAAAGUCACAUUCGCCGUCGCGAUCAUCGGAAUCUUUUUCUUCUUGGUUUCCAUUCUCUUCCAAGUCCUCUAUGCCCGUCACCACAAGCGUGAGAAGCGCUUCGGACCUUCCCCGGCCAACGAUUACACGUAUGGUACUCGUCCUCGUGCUUUCUGGCGUCGCAAGAAGAACAACCCGGAUACCGCCAGCGCCGACGAUAUGCUCCCAACCCAUCCUACUCCUCAGGAUGUUGAAUUAGGACCUACCCAGGAGAAGCCCAGUGGUUUUGGUAGCUUCUUCUCUCGAAACAAAGAUACCACUCAGACCACCCCGAAUGUGCCACAGAACGGCUAUGGCUACGGAAACUCUGCCUAUACGGGCAACUACUAAGACGACUACAUUCCAUACCACUUUCGAAAUGUGAAUACCAUGGAAUCGUUCGAGAGAACACAAACAUGGUGUGCAAAACAAAACAAAAACAAACAAAUAAAAUGAGAUACACUAUAACUGAAACCAACAAACUUUGGAGUUGUUGGACCUAAUCGCGCGGUCUAUAUCCGCUCGGGAGAAACUGGGCAAUGACUUUAUCAUCUAAUUGGGCUAGGAAGGUAACAACGUCUAUGAAUAAUGAUUGCAAAUAAGAUACCAUGGUCUUUUUGGAUUUAUGUGGGGUGGUACUUUCCUGUACAGUUCUGCAUUGGACGAUAUGGAAUUGGCUCAGUGUUUAAUGAAAUC